CUGGAAGGAAUUUGCUGCAAAUAUUGGGGAAGGUAGCUCAACCUUCUCCAAUCAAUCGAUGUCUUGUAAUCCGAAUUUGAUCCUCUACGCCUGCGUUUCCAAAGGAACCAAUGUUCUCGCUGAGCACAACUCCGGUGACAAGGAAGUAGAAACCCUAGCCUUGCAAUGCCUAGAAAAGAUUCCAAGACUUCACGCCAUGUUUUCUCACACCAUCGGGAAAAAGUUCUAUACCUUCUUGAUGGAAGAUCCUUUUGUAUAUUUUGCGAUCUUCGACGUUAACUUGGGUAAACCGCAGGGUCUUAGUUUCCUAAAGCGCUUAAAGGAAGAGUUCAUGAAGUUCUUCCUCAAGACCGAACAGCUGAAGAAGUUAGAUGAUCUCGCCAGUUACUGCUUCCAUGAAAAAUUCACUCCCAUUUUUAACGAUUUGUUGGGUUAUUCUGGGGAGAUAAAUAUAUUGCCGCCUCCUCCUCCUCCUCCCGAAAUUGUCUACAGAGAUCGCCGAAACCAAAGUAUGGAUUCCAGGUCUGGAAAGCUGGUUGUAUCAAUUCCGUUGCUUGAUCAGAAACCGGGCAAGAAUUCAAAAAAGAAGAAAAAUAAGAAGAGAGAUUCGGACGAGAUGGACGUAGGUAGCAGAGAUAUCCCAAUUGAAAACAUGGAAUUUGUACCUAACAAUCGCGAAGAAUUCUCUUUGCCGUUGCAGAAGAAUGGACUUUUCGCGACAAACUUACUACGUCAACAGGCUCAGAAAAAGUGGUGGGGAUAUGUUGGGAUUGCAUUGGUGCUAGAUUUAUUGGUUUGCACUGCUCUGUUCUGUGUAUGGUUCUGGAUAUGCAAGGGUUUCAAAUGCCUCAGAGAGUGAUUAAUCAACCAUUUA